AGGAGAACAUAUAUAUUUAUGUGAUUAUGAAUAUGUGUUUUGAGAAAAAAAACGUACUAUCAAGAUAUGACAUGGAUCGUCCGUAUCAAAUAUUCCUCACACCUAAUCUAAAGAGAUUUUGUUAUCUGUACGUUUUACCCAGUUUAUUGAUAGUUACACUUUUAUUCUUUAGCUGCAAGAGGCACAAAUGCACAUGGGUUAAAGUUGAUUCUCUCAGAAAAAGGCUUCAUUAUAGUUAAUCCGUAAUAUGAAAGCUUACGUACUUUAAAAAGUUAUAUAUAUACGACCCUUAUAGAACAUCCACUGCAUCAAACACACCAACACAAAAUCACUUCUCAUCUUCUCCCAUAGAUAUCACACUUUCCCAACUAGCUAGUUUUUCAGUUUUCAUCGCUGUUCUAGCAUCCGCUUAUCAUUAUUUCCAAUUUGCUUUCGGGACACACUUUUACAUUACUAGACUAAUGGAAAAGCUACAGAAGAUGAUCUCCGAGAAGUCAGUAGUGAUCUUUAGCAAGAACUCGUGCUGCAUGUCUCACACAAUCAAGACUCUCUUCUUAGACUUUGGUGUAAACCCGACGAUCUAUGAGUUAGACGAGAUCAACAGAGGAAAUGAGAUAGAGCAAGCAUUGGCUCAGAUCGGCUGCAGCCCCACUGUGCCGGCGGUUUUCAUAGGAGGUCAGCUCGUUGGUGGAGCCAAUCAAGUCAUGAGUCUUCAUCUCAAUCGCUCUCUACUUCCAAUGCUUAAGCGGGUUGGGGCGUUAUGGCUUUGAUUAAAUAUAGAGAUGUACUUACUUAGAGGAUGAUUAGUUAUGAUUGUAGAUGCUCUCUACAGCUUUAUCAAUAUGUUCUCCUCUCACGUAUACUAAUGUUGAAGUUGCAUCAGUUGUAUGAUAUAUAUCCUUUAGUUUUCCCA